GGCCCAGAGCGGGUCAUGGCGGGGAGCGGCAGCCACAGCUCGGCCGGGACGGAGCGCUCCGCUCGGCUCCACUCGGCUCCGUUCGGCUCCGUUCGGCUCCGUUCGGCUCCGCUCGGCUCCGUUCGGCUCUGCUCGGCUCCAUUCGGCUCUACUCGGCUCUAUUCGGCUCUACUCGGCUCUGCUCGGCCCGUCCCGUGCCGGCCGGUUCCGCCCCGCCCCGUAACUCCCGUCCGGUCCCGUCGGUUCCGCUCGUUCCGCUCCCGUCGCCGUGUGGCCGCAGUGCGAAGUGUCGCUGCUCCGUGCGGGACGAUCCCGGGGCGGGACAGAGGCGGGGCCGGGAGCUGCGGGGUAACUGAGCUGUGCUGCCCUCCCCACCCGCAGCGCUGGGCUCUUUGUGAAGUGUGCGUCACCUUCCUGGGGAGGUUCUACCAGAGUCUGAAGGACAACGAUGUUGAGUUCACACCCGCCAGUAUUGAAAAGGAGCUCAUGAAAUCCUGCAAAGAGGCAAAAGGCAAAGAGAACCGCUUGUGCUAUUAUAUCGGGGCUACAAGUGAUGCAGCCACCAAAAUCAUUAACGAGGUGUCCAAACCAAUGAGUCACCACAUCCCCGUGGAAAAGAUCUGCGAGAAACUGAAGAAGAAAGACAGUCAGAUCUGCGAACUGAAAUACGACAAACAGAUCGACCUGAGCAGCGCCGACCUGCGCAAACUGCGCGUCAAGGAGCUGCGGCGGAUCCUGGACGACUGGGGCGAGACGUGUAAAGGCUGCGCCGAGAAAUCCGACUUCAUCCGCAGGAUCCAUGAACUCAUGCCCAAGUACGCGCCCAGGGCGGCGGGGGCGCGCUCCGACCUGUGAGCCGUGUUGGCGCGGUUCGGUUCGGUUCGGUUCGGUUCGGUGUCUGUACGCAUUAAAGUGACACGGUUCGGACCGCG